AAUCGUAAGCAAAAUGAGAUACUGCCUUCCAUACUACAACAUGACGAAGGCAGAUGAGAACAGGGUGGACUGCAUACUACGGGAAUCUUACAAAACUGCGCUGCAUCUACCGGCGUGCACGCCGACAGAGAAGCUCGAAAAGAUGGGAAUCACGAACACUUUCCGGGAAUUGAGAGACGCGGUCAUAUUGGGACAAAAGGAGCGAUGGAGGUUCAGCAAGGUCGGAAGGGAGACCGGAGUCCGGCUCGGCUACGGCGAUAUAAGGACGAGAAACCUGAAAGAAAGGCAGCUGACCCAAAGUUUGGUGAAACGAUAAAGAGUCAGCCCCAUACCGCGGCACAUGCACCCAAAAAUACACAAGGAACGGAGAAAGGCAAGAGCUGACUACUACAGAGUAAAGAUGGAAGGAAGAGAGAACGUCAUGUACACCGAUGCUGCGGCGUAUGGUAGCAACAAAGUCGCGGUUUGCGUCGGGCAUGACGGAAAAGAGCUGGACAGUUUGUCACUGAAAGACGCGACAAUGACGAAGCAGAGGAAGCGGCGAUCGCAAUGGCGAUGAGAGCGGGAAAGGGGCACACGUACAUUCUGACAGACUCGCAGAAUGCGUGCAGGAAUUAUAUGAGAGGCAGAGUGUGCGCUACUGCCGCGAAAAUCCUAGAGAGAGCCGUAAACGGUUCGUCAACUUUCGAAAUUAUCUGGGUCCCGGGGCACGAGGGUAUUCCAGGUAACCAGGCUGCAGACCUUCGGGCCCGUGGAUAUGUCGAUCGGGCAGAAGCGAGGCAGUGGGUGUACUCAGACAUGCUGGACCACUUCAAGGCCCAGAGGAGACAGUACGGGCUCCCGUGCCGGGAGCUAAGCAAAGCCGAGAGUACUGCCUGGCGAAGGAUCCAGGCGGGCAACUACACUAACCCGGUGCUCCUGAAACACAUGGGGCGCAGAGACGACGAAGCCUGCAAAUACUGCGGGCAAAGAGCCACUUUCUCGCACAUGGUGCGGGCAUGCCCGGACACUCCAGGGCUUGGCGACACUAUUGACGACCGAAGGUGGGAAAAGAUGCUGCGCAGCGAGGUCUACAAGAUCCAGGUACACCUGAUCAACCGGACCAAGCUAGCAGCAAGCUCCCAAGGGAUCCCGGACUAGAGGAUUCCACUCACCGAACCGAAGACC